AUGGAUAAACAAUCAUCCGAAAUCGAUUGGUCUCAAAUAUCUAAACCAUUAUCAUCAGCAUUAUUCGAUAAAUAUACUCAUCAAUCUAUUCUUUCACCUUUAAGCAGUUUAAAUAUCGACGAAAACACAUGGAAUGAAUGUCGUUCAUUUGCAUUAGAAUUUGCUAAGAAAGGUUUUAGUGAUCCUUUAGCAAUCUUAUAUACAUCAUUUAAACGUUUUUAUCCAAAUUGUCCAUCAAUACGUUCAUUUUCUCGUUGGUUAACAUUAUAUGAAACUGAUAAUAAUGAUUUUAAAGAUUAUUUUAAACAAUAUUCAAUUCAUUCAUUAAAUUUUCAAUCACUUGAUGAAAUUUUACGUUUAGUAAAAACUCUUCAGAUUAAUAAUGAUAUUUGUCAAUCAUAUGAACAUUUUAAUCAACUAUGGUUUUUAUUUCCAAUAUCAAUACGUGUACCAAUAAAUGAUUAUACAAUUGUAGCAGAUACACUUAUUAUAAAUGAUGGUGUUACUCGUUUGGCAGGUAAACAAAAGAAAAGUUCAUUAUCAUCACGUAUACAUUGUUUAUUUGCUUUAACACCAAGUGGAAAAUUUUCUAAUCAAUUAAUAGUAUUUAAACAAGGAAAAAGUUUAAAUAUGAAUUUUACAUCAUCAACAUUUACACGUAUUAUACAAACAACAACAGGAAAUAUAACGUAUGAUUAUAUACAACAGUGGUUUGAAGAUUUUAUUUCAUUAUCUUAUGGAAAAAAUAAUAGCGCAAUUCUUAUUGAUCCUCGAACAACUUUAUUAAUACCUGAAAUUAAUUCAUUAUGUCAAAAAUCGAAUGUUGAAUUGAUAACAACGGAUUUAAAUUAUUAUUUAAUUCGUAUAUUAUCACCAAUUUUUUCAUUAUUUGAUAAACAAUGUUCAGAAGCAAAUCGUUUAAAUAAAAUGUAUUUAAAACCAGCAAGUGAUUUAAAACGAAUUAUUUCUUUAUUUUGGUGUACAUUACGAACAUUAAAACAGAAUGAACAAAUAUGUCAAAUUUUUAAAGAAACUCCUUUGUGGAGAAAUGAUGAUGAAUUAUAUUUACAAUCUUUAAGAUCAGCAAUACCAUUACCAUCACCAAAGAAAAUAAAAAAGAAGAAAUUACUUGUUAAACAAGGUAGUAAAGUAAAACUAUCGACAUCCACAUCAACAAUGAUGAAUGAUCCACCUAAUGAAUCAACUCCGGAACAAAUAUUAUCCUAUGUAAUACAAAGACAAAUAUCGAUUUCACGUGCCAGUAAACAUUUAGGUGGUAUGAAAUUAGAUUAUUUAAAAUACUGCCUUUCAUAUAAAUCCAAUUCAUUAAUGACUGGUCCACAUCUUGUUCAAUUAAAUAGAUUUAUGCAAUCACAAACAACCGUCGAAUGGCUACGUCAUUUACGUUCAUUAUACUAUUGGCCUUGUGCUAAACAAUUAUUUUUAAGAGAAAUUUAUCAAUUAACUGGUAUAAUAGCACGUAAACGUUCAAUGAAUAUGUGUGGAAAUGGAAAUAUGGGUUCAAUAAAAAGUUGUGAUUUACAAUCACCAGGCAUUUUUUGGAGAGCUUUUGAAGAUAUUCAUCAAAUUCAUUUUGAUAAUGAAUCGAUUAUUGAUGAUGAUCAAUGGCAUGAUGAUUUUCAACAAUAUCUUAUUGAUAACAAACUUAAUAAUGAAAAAACACAAUUAUGGACAAUGGAUACAUUUGAAUUUCCGUUAACAAAAAAAUCAACUGUACUUCAAUUACCUGAAUGGAAUGAAUUACGUCCAAUGAAUUUAACACCGAAAGUAACUGUACUCUAUGCUUUUUCUAACACUGGUCAAUCAACAGAACCAUAUUUUAUUUUUCCGACUUCACUUCAAGAUAGUACAAUAUCUGAUGAAAAAGAUUCAUAUAAUGAAUUAGGUCAUUUAACACCUCAGAUAUUUCAGAAAUGGAUUGAAAAUAAUUUUAAUCAAAAUAUUAAUUUCAAUCAAUCUUCAAUUGUUCUUAUUUUUUGUUCACGUUUACCUCUUCUAUCACCUGAUAUACUUUCUUUACUUAAAAAUUCUCAUAUCUAUCCAUAUGGUUAUCCAUAUACACGUACAUUAUCAUUUCGAUAUUUAUUCGAACGACGUGUUCGAAAUAAUCGUUCAACAAAUUUAAUGAGUGAAUUAUGGAAAAAGAAAUUAUUAGAAGAACAACGUACGCAUGUAUUAAAAGGUUUACAUUGUACAGUUAAAAAAAUAAAAUAUUAUUUUGAACAAAUAUGGUUACAAAUAAUUAAUGAAAAUCGAGAUGAUGAUGAUGAAAAUAAAACAUUUGAAGAUAAAUGUCUAGAAGCAUUUCAACAAGCAAAUAUUCAAAUAAAAUUAAAUACAAAAAAGAAAAAUACAAUUAAAUUAACACCGAAAAAAUCUUCAAAGAAAACGAAUCAAUCAGAUGACAACUUAGAAACAACAAAUAAAGAAGAAAUGGUUGAUCAACUUAAUCAUUUAAUAACAGUAAUAAGUCAUUUUAAGGAACAUAUUACAUCAACGAAUUCAUCACAAAUUCUUAAAAUGAAUAAUCAUAUAGAACAAACUACCGAUUGUCAACAGUCCGUUAGCUCAAAUGAAAUAACAGAUAAUAUGGAGAAUGGUCAUCAUCCAUCUACAUCAUCAGAAUCACUUCCAAAUUAUAACCUUAGUCUACCAUCCACAAGUGAUAAACGUACAAUUGAUGAAAAUGAUGGACCCCAAGCAACUAAACGUUUACGUUCAUCUAGUUCUCACGCAAGUAAUAAUUGUAAUUCAACAACAAUUAUUAAAUGGAUUCCACCAUCGAAUCAACUUAUUACACAUUUACAAUCUCAAUCAUCAUCAUUAUUUCAGUUUAUCUUAGCACUUAUUCAAACAAUAAUUUCUUCAGCCGAUAAUCAACUUACAGAUGAACAUUCACGUUGGUUAUAUUCAACGCUUGAUUUAUAUGAUCAUAACUAUAAUAAUGAAAAAAUCAACAUUCUUAUUGAAACAGCAUGUAAAGUAGCAAAAAUAAAUUUUGUCAGAUAA